AUGGUGCACUGGCAGACAUCCUUGGCUGAGAUUGGGAGGAUGUUCGGUACCGUCGAGCUACGUUUUAUCGCAGAAAUUCAAGAUAUUGCUGGAAGGAAGAGUUGGAUAGAGAGGAGUGAAAUGAUGUCAGAAUUAUCAGGGUCCAUUUUUGUCAGUAACUUUAUUAUGUUCAGCGGUGAGGGCGUUGAUGGCGCAGUGGCAAGUGUCGCUGGCGGAGACUGGAACGAGAGCGUCAAUGGUCCAGUGGUAGACGUCUGCGGUGAAGAUUGGGAGGACGUUGGAUCUACUUCGAGAAGAACGUUCAACUCGGUGGAUUCGACAACAGGUGCCCAAAGAAUGAAGAUUGGUGAAUAUGUGAUAUUAUAG